AUGAGUUCUUCGGCAUUUAAACGUCUCGUUCGGUUUGUCCCCAAGUCAGACUCGUCGAGUAUCUUGAUUGGCGAGCCAUCUCAAGAAGAUUUGGAUGUGGGCGUGGCUACUCGUGAUGGACAAGAUGUAUCUGUCAAUGUCUUCUCGGGACAGUCGGUCUUGUCGCCUGGCACUCGAACGGAGAGAACUGAAACUGUUGACCGAAUUCUCUCACCUUUGUCUCAAGACGAAGUAGGAACUAUUCGAUGCAUUGGACUGAACUAUGUCCAACAUGCGAAAGAAGUCAACAUGGACAUUCCUUCUAUCCCUACGCUAUUCCUUAAGCCCAGCACCGCUUUAGGCGAUCCAUGGCCGUCUGUCACUUUACUGCCCAAGAUCACUCAGAAUGAUGGAAGUGGCGAUUACGAGUCCGAGUUGGCUGUCAUCAUCGGGAAAGUAGCCAAGAACGUCUCUGAAGAGAAUGCUAUGGAACAUGUUUUGGGCUUCACAGCAGCCAACGACGUCUCAAGUCGUGUCUCGCAACUGAAUCAGUCUCAGUGGUGUUUCUCCAAGGGCUUCGAUGGAGCAUGCCCCAUCGGACCGGCCCUUGUCUCUCCCUCGGCUAUCCCAGACCCUUCUAAACUACACAUCCGAGGCCUGAAGAACGGCAAGGUUCUACAAGACUGCUCUCUAGACGACCUCAUCUUCAGCAUUCCCAAGCUGAUCAGCUUCCUGUCCCAAGGCACGACGCUGCCUGCGGGUACUGUGAUUAUCACCGGUACUCCUGCGGGAGUGGGCAUGGGUAAAAAGCCCAAAGAGAAUCUUGAGCACGGUGAUGAAUUCAGAGUGGAAAUUCUGCCGCAUAUCGGUACACUUGUGAGCCGCUUUGAGAAUGAAUAG